UCCUCCGAGGGAAAGUUGGAGCCGGGGCGCCCCGCCGCCGGACCCUUCGCCCGGGACCCAGGCUGAAGCGUCCCUCCGGUCCCGAUGCUGGACAGCACGACCCAGCCCGCGGGAGCCCCAGCGGGCGGUGAGCUGUGCCAUGAGUGCGGCCAGCAGCACCACCUGCCCAACAACCACCUGUAUAACUUCCAGGAUGAGGUGGACGAUGAGCUGCUGUGCCACAUCUGCCUGCAGCCCCUGCUGCAGCCUGUGGACACGCCCUGUGGCCACACCUACUGCUUCUGCUGCCUGGAGGGCUUCCUGCAGGAGGCCAGCUUCUGCCCCAUGGACCGCAAGAAGCUCAGCCUCCAGCAUUGCCGCAGGUCCAGCCUAUUGGUGCGCAACCUACUGGACAAGCUGAUCGUCCUCUGCCCCUUCCAGCCGGACUGCCCUCUGGCCAUGCAGCGCUGCCAGCUGGAGGGACACCUGCAGAACAGGUGCCCCGGAUUCCGAAAGUACCGGGCGGAGCUGGGCCGGAAGAAAGGUCCCCUUGGCCGCAGUCAGGAAGAGCCCCUGCCUGGAGAGGAAGCAGGCGCCCCCGGUGAGCAGACCCCCGGGGCAGUCCCGCCGGUGGUGGAGAGCCCUCUGGCAGCGGCCGUAUCCCUGGGGCUGCCAGAGCCGGGGCUAGUCAACCCGGCCUAUGAGGAGAGCGAAGAAGUUUCAGGGGAUGGAGUUGCAGGGGGCGAGGAUCAUGAGGGGAGCCUUAGUUUCCUCCUGCCGGCAGAUGGGCCACCCAGAGCCAGCCUGGUGGCGGAAACGGUGGCAGUGGAGCUCCGCCGUUUGGACCCAGAGGAGGAACUGGGGCUGCGCAUCGUCGGCGGGAGGGACACGCCCCUGGGCAACAUCGUCGUGCAGGAGGUCCGCCGAGACUCAUUGGCCGCCCUGGAUGGAAGGGUGGCCCCUGGGGACCAUGUACUCGAGGUCAACGGAGUGACCAUCGGCAAUGUGACACACGAGCAGGCCAUCGGGCUCCUCCGCCAGCCGGGCCCCACCCUCCGCCUGGUGGUUCUGCAGGAGAAGGGCUUUUCUCCCAAAGCCCCCGCUCAGGACGCUGGACGGGAGGUCAUCCGCGUCACCCUGGUCAAGAGGGACCAGAUGGAGCCCCUGGGCAUCAAGCUGAUUCGCAAGGGGGAGGAAGCCGGGAUCUUCAUCCUGGACCUGUUGGACGGUGGCCUGGCUGCCAAGAAUGGACAGCUGAGCCGCAAUGACCAGGUCCUGGCCAUAAAUGGGCAGGACCUGCGGCAGGGCACUCCCGAGGCCGCUGCCCACAUUAUCCAGACCAGUGAGAAUCGAGUCCACUUUGUGGUGUUGAGACAGAAGACCCCUUCCCUCCAAGAGGCUGGGGAAGAUGGGGGGAUGCUGGGGUCUGGCAGUAGCAGCAGCAGUGGCGGUGGCAGUCCUGUUCACCCAAGGAGAAGGCCCGAGCAGACUCACUACCUGCGGCCUGCCACCUACCAGAAGGAGCCGCCUGCGGGCUUUGUGAGCCAGGAAAGGAUACUCACGAUCAAGAAAGAGCCGCGGGAGUCUCUGGGGAUAACCAUCGGCGGGGGCAGAGACAGCAAGCACAAACUGCCGGUCUUCGUCACCAGCGUGCAGCCCGUCGGCUGCCUGUCCCGUGAUGGCAGGGUCAGGAGAGGCAGUGUGCUCUUGAGCAUCAAUGGAGUCGACCUGACCCAGCUGUCCUACUAUGAGGCCGUCUCUGCUCUCAAGCACCACACGGCCUCCACUUCGGUGAUGCUCAAAGUCCUGGACAUCUUGGUGCCUGAGAGGGGCCCAGAGAACGGGGAGGUGGUCCCCGAGGCCGCCAGAGAGCCCGGACAUGGCUGGGCCCCGCUCUGGGUGACAUGGCUGGGGUUGCCCAGCUGCCUUCACUGCUGCCAAGACAUCGUCCUGCGCAAGAGUGACGCAGAGAGCUGGGGCUUCAGCAUCGUGGGAGGGUUUGAGGAGGCCAAAGGCAGCCAGCCCUUCUUCAUCAAGACCAUAGUGCCCGGCACCCCGGCCUUUCGAGAUAAAAGACUCAGGUGCGGAGACGAAAUCGUGGCGGUCAAUGGCCUGCCGGCCGUCCGCAUGGCCAACUCGGAGCUGAUCCCAAUGCUGAAGGAGCAGAAAAACAGGGUCACGCUGACUGUGGUGUCUUGGCCGGGGAGCCUGGUGUGACCCAGCUGGGGUGGAGCUUCCGUGGCCAGGGGACCCCUCCCCUCCCCCCCGCCCCUGCCCCACACUGGACUCUGCCCGAGGACAUUCUGGAGAAGACGGGGCAGGACCGUGCCACUCAGCCACCCAUCCAUGUCAUGGUUUGAGAUCCACUGUACCUGUUCCCUACUUUGGCUUUAUCCCAGUUGUUGUUGCUGUUGUUACUGCAGUGGCUUCCCCUGCCGCCUCAUCUUGGCAGGUGGGGUCGGGGUGGUGGUGUGCCCCUGCAGAAAGGCAGUGGCUUCGGCUGAUAUUUAUUUAUGGCAGAAAAGGCAGCAUCUGACAGGGCCGACUUCGUAGGCCUAUCAGAUCCUCUGCGACGCCUGGGUGGCCACAGGGGCCACCUCCCUCCCUCCUUGGGGGUUGCAGGACUUCCCCACACCCUCUGGACUACCCAUCCCUUCCAGGGGCAAGCCUGGGGUGGAGGGAGAGGGUGAUCCGGGCCCGUGCCCCCUCCCUAUCCCAGGGAGGAGGGCAGGGGUGGAGCCGGCACUGCAGCUGCCUGAUCUGAGGGCCGGCCUGGGCAGGAGUUAUGGGCAGAAGCCAUGCCACUUCUCUCUGCCAAUACGGUCUUGCCCCUAUGCCCCUGCCUCAUUGCCGAACCCCAGCCUGCUCCAGGAGCAGAGGGGGAGGGGAAGAGUCAGGCCUCCUCCCUUCCCACCCCCAGCCAGCCUGCCCCCUCAGUGUCCAGCCACUGAGAAGGGCUGCAGAUCUCUUCACCUGUCAGGGACUUCCCUAUCCCUUGCCCCUCAACGUCCCUUGUGCUAAAUUCCUCCCAGCCCCUUGGGAAACACCCACAAUCUGAGCUCAGGCCCUGAGCGGGCAGUGGGCACGUGGGACUGACUGGCUAUAGCCCAGCCUGUCUUUAGAACAUGGGCCAAGACCAGCGAAGGCUGGCCAGAAUCGCUUUCCCCGCCCAGCCCCGCGGUCCAGUUAAUUGGCUGAGCCACUGAGAUUGGGGGUGGUUAGUGUUGUGGUCUGGAAUUCCAUGUAGGGAGCUGGGCCCUGUGGCCCUAGAGAGGGAGGAUGGGGGGGCCCGGGUUUGUUGAUGUAGUGGGUUGUGGAGCAGACCCUCACUGCAGUCAGUCAUAAACUGUUUCCUGGGGGUCAGAUCAUGAGCACUGCCUCUAAGUGUGCCUUGUAGAAUAUGGCUCUGAUGCCUGCAUAAAUUAUUGUAAAAUAA